AUUUUACACUAAAAUCAUAAUUUAAAUUUGUAUUUUUGUUUAGUUUCACAUGCUUUCAAGCAGAAAUUUUUUUUUCAAAAUUUCAAUCAGUUAAAUCAGUCGUAUGAAAUCCAAUUGGGUCGAAUUGAAGGCAACGCGAUAUGGAAAAUGGCGAUUACAUUACACCAGAAGCCGCGCUGAAGAUAGGAAACGCCAUACAAUGUGACAUCGCGCCCCCUUUCUGGUACCCGUGCUGCCAGAUCAAAGCAAAAAGUUUCGGCCCUGUAGGCAAUUUGGACGACAUGGCGAUUGUCAAACUAAUGCAACCGGUUGAGAAGAAGGAAUGGCUUCGAGAGAUGGGCGUCGACAAGAAAGAAAUGUAUUUGCCCGGUGAAAUCUACAAGUCAAAAGUGCCUAAAGAAAUUCUGAAAGCACCGCAAACUGAUGAACGCUGCCAAGACAUAUGGAAGCCGAAAACGUACGGAUUCCACAAAACUUUCAAACCAGAAGACUUUCCUCCGAUAACGUACCCGCUUUACGAAAGCGUGAUGCGAAGAGAGAAGUUGAGCAGCAAUUACGACAGCGUUUCCACGUUACAAAGCUCUCCGAGUGGCUCGUCGACCCUAAACACCCGGUCGUGGAACGUCGCGGAAAACUUACCCGUGUUAAACUACGCAAAUCAAGUCCCGACGGGCAAAAGGAGAUCCUGCGUCUUUUACGGGGAUCACCAAUGCAGUGAACACGUCCACAUUCCUGGUACAAAUCCCUGCUGCAGGAGAUACACUGUCGACCGGAAGUAACGAAAGCUUCUUUUAUUUAUUAUUUUUCUGUUGACAGAUUUUUUUAUUUUUUUGAAAAAUAAAUGCAUUUUCUCAAUAGU